CAUCUACAUUUAAGGCUGUAUCAACAUUGAAUCCCUUAUCUCCACCAAGAAGAGGAACACAAACAUUCAAUCUGCAUCAGCAUCAGCAUUGAAAUUCGAAAUCCCAUGAGUUUGAUAAUUUAAUUGUUUAUUUACAAAUGCUUUAUUGCUGAAAGAUAUUAAUAGAUGUCCUGUAGUCUGCUGUCCGAACUUUGAUCGAAUCAAUUUGAAACAGUUUGUCUGAAAGAGGAACUUCGUCGGCAACGCACCUGACAGGAAGAGCUAGUGGCACAGUUCUGCAUUGAGGCGCCGGGAGCGGCCGGCCGCCAUGGAGGACCGCCAGAGGCGCGCCCUGCAGAGGGCCCACUCCAAACUGGUCAAGGACCUCCGGGUGGACGCAGUCACCGACCACCUGCACUCCAGGGGAGUCCUUAAUGAAGAUCACCUGGAAAUCAUCUCCUCAAAGCCGACUCGGAAGGAGCGAGUGACUGAGUUGCUGAAGCUGCUGCCCCAGCGCGGUCCCGAUGCGUUCCCGGCACUGGUGGAGGCGCUGCGACGCAACUACCGCUGGCUCGCCGACGAGCUGGAGGAGUACGUCCACGAGCUGAACGACUCUAAAUCAGAGGCUGCGCAGGCAGCUCUGGAGGAGCGUCUGCGCGCCGGCGCCGUGCCCAGCCUGCCGGCCCCGCACAUCACACGCAAACAGUGCGUCGCUGAAAUCCGACAGCAUCUGAAGGAGCUCAAGGAGAAUCAUUUCCUCGGGGUGCACGGUAUGCCCGGCAUCGGCAAGUCCGUCUGCAUGAACGAGGCACUAAGAGACACCGAGCUGCUGCCCGACCGCUUCCCGGGCGGCGUGUACUGGAUCAGCGUCGGCGACGUCGACCACGAGGCGCUGCUGAACAAGCUGCAGGCGCUGUGCGAGCGUCUGACGGAGGAUGGCUCCACUGCCGCCCAGCUGCCGCCCACCAUUGAGGUGGCGCGCGAGCGGCUGCGCAAGCUGCUCAACCGGCUGGAGCGGCCGUGCCUGUUCGUGCUGGACGAUGUGUGGAAGGCCGAGGUGCUGGCGGUGUUCGAGCUGGGCGCGUGCGUGGCGGUGACGACGCGGGACGCCGCUGUCCUCGACCGCAUGGACGGCCGCUCGGUGACAGUCGCGCUGAAGGGCGGCUUCAGCGAGAGUGAAUCGCGCGAGCUGCUGGCUACCCGUCUGGGCAUGCCUCCCGACCAGUUGCCUCCAGAGGCGGAGGUCAUCCACCGGCGCUGCCUGGGCUCGCCGAUGGUGAUCGCCCUCCUCAGUAGCUUCCUGGCUGACAAGACGGGCCGCCGCGAGUCCAGAAACCGCUGGCACAAAUGCUUGGAGAUUCUGGAGCAGGGCAAACAUGAGAAGCUGAAAACUAACAUCAUGGAAGCGAUCGAUCUCACGGUGAAAACCAUGGAUGAGCAGCACGACAAGCUGUUCGGUUCGCUGACCAUUUUCGGAGCCGACAUCGGCAUACCUUGCGAGGUUCUCGGCACCUACUGGGACAUGUCCGCCGACGACGUGGAGGAUGCCAUGAACGAUCUGGUCAACAAGUCUCUCGUCCAGGACAUGGUCGACUCCAAUACCACGCUAUACAGCAUGCACGACCUCAUAUUUGACUAUCUGGCGCACAAAUACACAUCUGAGCAGAAGGCGGAGAUGCACGGGAAGCUGGUCGAGCGCUACCUGGUCGAGUACGGCAGCGACCUGAGCCGGCUGCCCGACGACGACUACACGCUGUGGUUUAUCGGACAGCACGUGCACCGCUCGGGACAGCACCACCUGUUCCCGAGAUUCUACUUCGACCUGGGCUUUGUGGGCAACAAGCUGCGGGUGACGGGACCGAGCGACCUGCUCAGUGACUUCAGGAAGUACGGAGAGUUCCUCGACAGGGACUCAAAUGACAACAUCACCCGCCGCAUCGACUUUGAGAACUUUGUGCGCACGGCUGGCCACCGCGCGGCGGGUCUGUCCAAGGCAGACGACCCGGCGGCGGCGGCCGUGCAGCUGGCGCUCUGCCAACCGGACAGCUCAGAGGUUUACAAGGCCGCAGAGAGGAUCUGCGCCGAGUCCAGCGAUCAGCUCUUCUUCCGCUGGAGGAACAAGGAAGCGAUGCGUUGGUCGAACGUGCUGCUGACCAAGCUGUUCUCGGGCUCCGUGUGGGACGUGGUGUUCACCUACGAGGAGAACCUGGUGCUGGCCGCCUACGGAGACGGGCAUAUCAAGCUGUGGAACAUGCUGACGGGCGACGAGCACCGUUCGUUUCACGGCCACGCGGACCGCGUCAACCAGCUCACGGUCAGUCCCAGCGGCGACCGGUUCGUCUCGGCCUCCGAGGACGGCUCGCUGAAGAUCUGGGACCUGGACGCGGCCAUUAUGGAGGCGCUCGGUACUGACGACGACCAGCUCACGGUGCAUGACGCGUCGAGCGGUCAGCGGACGCCCUCGCCGCGGAUCCGCCACUCGUCCAGCUCGGCGUUCUUUCCGGAGUCUCGGCGACCGAGCGGCCUGCCGCGUCUAGACGACAGUGUGCAGACGCUGGAGGGGCACGGCACGGCCGUAGCCUGCGUGGACUGGUCACCAGAUGGACAUUAUCUGAUCUCCGGCGCUGAUAACGGUGGCGUGAAGGUGUGGGACUGUUUCGGCGAGGAGGUGCACAGCCAUCCGACCGCUCACGAGAAGAACGUCACCUGCUGCUCGUUCUCACCCGACAGCAGCUACUUCGCCACCGGGUCGGCUGACGGCAAGGUGCGACUGUGGUGUACCGAGAAGGGCGACCAGCUGUACACCUUCAGCCAGCACAACCUCCGAGUCAUCUCCCUCAGUCUGAGCAAAGACAACAACUCGAUCGUGUCUGUGGCCGACAAGGAGAUCUUCCUCUGGGUGUGGAACACGGACCGCCGGCCCAGCCGCGACUUCAUCCCCGUCCAGAUGGGCCGCUCGGCGGUCGACCACGACCUCUACCUGUGCUCGCGGCUCAACGAAGACCAGCGCCUGCUGGUGGUGGGCACGUCGUCCAACAUGUACGAGACCUGGGACCUGCAGGAGAAGCGUGUCAUCUCCACGCAGCGCGGCUUCGCAGGGUCAGUCACCUCUCUGGUGUUCUCCCGUGACGGGAAGCAGCUGCUGGCCGGUGCCGACGACACCGUCACGACGUGCUCCCUGACCGCCACACCCAAGGUGGAGGACAGCCUGCAGCCGCUCUUCUCAGCCCGCUUCGUGUCGGCUGACCCCCAGAGCCUCGUCGUGGCGGCCAUCACGUCGAACAACGGCGUUCAGGAGCGGCGCGACGGCGAGCUCACGGUGCUCCGGGGUCUCGAGGGUAAAGUGACUAAAACCACCAAACCCGUGGGAGAGAAGAUAAUCAUCACCAAGAUCAACAAGACAGGGACGUUGGUGGCGUUUGGCUGCGAGGACGGCUCUGUGGGUGUGUAUCACCUGCCACCGGCCGGGUCGGCAACUCAGGAGGUGCCCGAGCCAAACAUCCUCGGCAAACACAACGACCGAGUCAUAUCGCUCAAGUUCGGUCCGAAUGAUACCGUGGUCAGCGGUUCCGAAGACAAGACCAUGAAGGUGUGGUGGCCCGAUAACCGCAGCGUGGCGUGCGGCGGAAACGGUGGCGCCGUCACCCAGGUGGGACUGUACGAGGCGCGCGACCACGGCCUGAUCGCGGUCUCCUGCUCCCGAGACGGCACGCUCAAGGUGUACCGGGCCGACACCGGCAAACCGAUAACAGCGCACCUGACCCACGCCGGGUCAACGGUCACCUGCUACCGCAUUGUGCGCGCCAACCUGCCCGACGAGAACGGGGCCACCAGCGCGGCGACGGCGGCGGCGCGCGACAAGUCGCCCUGUCCCGACGACCUGGUCGUGGUCACUGCCGGUGUGGACGGCACAGUGAAGAUGUGCCGCCUUUGUACCGGCGAUCUGAUCAAGUCGUUCAGUCUGGAGGAGUUCGGUCCGGUGCGCACAUUCCGUCUGUCUGCCGAUAACCACCUGCUCGUCACCGGGCACGACAACGGCAGUGUGGUGGUGAGCCGGACUGACCAUCAGUGUAAGCCGCUGCGUCUUCAGUUCCAUCACUCGAUGGUGAACGACCUGGCCAUCCACCCGAAUGGACGGGAGAUUAUCUCACUCAGCGACAGCCUUGCCUGGUGGAGACUGGACGUAGACGAGAACCCGAUGUCGCCCCGCGGCCGGACCCGCGCCGGCCAGUCGCCGCUGGUGGUGCCACCCUCGCCGCGGCUAACGCUACCGGCCAAACGCUACUUCAACUACAACCGUCGCACCUCGCUGACGCCCGAGAUCCGCGCCACACUGCGCCAGGUGUUCUCGUUCCGUGGCACACUGGCCCGUCGGCUCGUCGUUUCUGAUGACUGGACCACUCUGGUCACCAUCGACGACGCGGGGGUGCUCUAUGUGCUCCAGGUCAUGUGACGCACCGGGGAGCCUAGGACGCCGCCCGGGCUGCGUGCAGAGGCGCCCGGGUGUUAGUGCGAAAGACGCACGCUAGAUGCUAGCAGCGGCAGCAGGGUGUUAGUGCGAGCGUCGCACGCUAGAUGGCAGCAGGGACGGCUGGCGGUGCUCAGAUCUCGCACGUUGGGGCAUUUGUGACGACGGCUGGUGAUUCGUUUUGUGAUUGCGUCCCUAGUGAGUACUCGGCUGAGAUUUGCUCAACUGCCGCUAUACCCAUGCUGAUGAUUGACAUGAGUUCACUGUAUCAGGUUUUCGGCCAGGCUCAUUUUACAUCGUCAAGAAAUGAAGGUUAAUUCUAUGCAGUUUUCUACCCUACAAUGUAAUAUCAGCUUCCGAACCAUAUCAUCGAUAUGACAAGUCUGGUGUCGUGGGAUUUCUAUUUGUCUCUUUUUCUGACGAUUGACGAAGAUUCGCGCAAUGGUACAAGUAUCGAUCAAGUUCAACCAUUGUGCCGCUCCUGGCGAAGUCUUGCCUCGUGAUUUCGGGGAUUUAUUGAUCCGUCGAUUGGUGAUGCUCUUUGGAGCCGAAAUUGACGUGCGGGCUCCAUAAGUGCGCCAGUGGAUUGUCAAUGGGUAUAGGAACAUUUGUAAAAUGACAAACCUUGCCAUUGCGUGUCCUUUCGUGAUUGGUGGCGAGUGCGUCCGACUGGCUUGUUUGUGUGGAGGUGUCCGUUUGUUUUCCCACCACUCAGUGGUUACGCCGAGUGACGCGUGGCGGCGCUGUCAGUCCUGGACUGUGUUCAGGGCUUGUGACGACGCUGCUAGCGUUGGCAGCGCUCUGGUUCGGCGCCACGGGGCGCCAUGGAUUGGCAGUCAGCGCCGCCGGUUCCAGGGAGUGUGGGUGUGAGUAUCGCUAGCGAACGGCGUGGACUAGUGGCUAGGUGUUAACAAAGUGACCCAGCGGCGGUCGUGGAGCCGACACAAGGCGCCGGCCGCCCGUCUUUCCGGCAGAGUGCCUUGUGUGCAAUGGUCGGCUAGUCACAGAGGGAGCGGCCGACAGGGACGGAGGUCCCCAGCGCGACUGAGGCGGCUCGCCGCUCCGGCGGACAGUGUGAACGACCGCCCGCGGCCCGCAGUGAGGGGAUUCCAGAGUCGCGGCGAGCCCUGUGGUGUUUAUUCCAGACCGAUCCGGUUGUGCGCCCGGCUGUUCGUUGUGAGACGCUUUAUGUGAUUUCUGCUGGCGCCUGGCGCGAGCUGAUAUUUUGGUGGUCCCGUCGGAUGGCAUGACUCGGGGCAGCGGUCAAGUCUUGGGCCCGCCUGUGAAUUGUGGACGCGUGGUCCGUCCGUCUGACCUUGUUUUCUACAAUAUAUGUACUAUCUGUCA